GGAGCUGUCCUCCACCUGCACCAGGAGGCCCAGCAGCCAUUCAGGAAGAGGGGGGAGGGAAGGAGAGGAGACUGUAAGGAGAACAGAGACCCUCGGGAUAAUCUGCAGAGGAAGAGAAGGGACCGGAGAGGGGCUCAGACCACAAACCAGUUCACACCUACUUCUGUUUUUCGGUGUGGCAGCAAGAUCCAGAUCCGCAGAGCUGAAAUCCGAGUGGCUCUAAUCAGGAAGACCCGGAUUCAGACUGGGUCGAGCAGAUUAGACCCGGUUCAGGGUCUGACUGAGCCACAGCGGGACCAGCAACCAGCCCAGAGCACAUGGGUCAGAACCCUGUCCGAGGUUAGACCCGGGUCCGGGUCCAGGGGAAGCAUUCCUGAGACCAGGACCAGAAGGAGGAAGAAGGUCCAGCCGUCUGCGUUCAGAGGCAGAGGUCAGCUGCGACUGUCAGUCACCAGAGAGCUGCAACAGCUGAUCAUUCACAUCCAUGAGGCCAGAGGGCUGAUGGGACAAUCCCAGAGAUCAUGUGACUCCUAUGUGAAGCUGGCCGUGACCUAUGACCUGCAACGCAGCAUCAGGAUUAAAACUGACACGGUCUACAACAACAAGAACCCAAAAUACGAGCGCCGCUUUAAGCUGUGGAUCAGAGGAGAGUUCAUGCCGAGCAGGUUGCUGGUUUCAGUGUUCAGACGACCUGCUGACAACAGGCGCAGUCAGCUGAUUGGCUGUAUGAGCUUCAGGAUUGGCUCUCUCGUCUCAUCCUGUGAGCCCCUCAAUGGUUGGUUCUACCUCUUGGCGGAGGAGUAUGGGUGGAGCAAACACCUGAGAGUGACAUCACACAGAAGCAAACCAACAAGAAGCUCUGAAGAGGCGUGUGUGGACAUCAGAGCAGACCUUCGGAGGACUCCGGACUCCACCCCUGAUUCUGACCUGAACCACAUCGUUGAUGCGGCUUCCUCCACCGGUGCGUCCACGGCCAGCCUGACAAAGUCCACCUCCACCAGUGCCACCAGCACCAGCGGGCCAAAAGACCUGAUCUCCAGCCUCCACUCUGAGGUCACCAGCUACAGCAGCCACGCCUCCACACUGUACACCAACACCAGCCAGCAGUACGCUGGCCGAGACGGCAGCGCUAUGCAGCGAAUGGAGGUGAGCAUCGCUCGAGGAAAAGAUGGCUUCGGUUUCACCAUCUGCUCUGACUGCCCGGUCAGAGUGCAGGCGGUAGAUCCAGGCGGUCCGGCUCAUCAAUCUGGACUCCGUCAGGGAGACUCAGUCCUGCAGCUCAAUGGGCUUCCUGUAGAGACCUGGAAGUGCGUCGACCUUGCCCAUGCCAUCAGGAGCUGUCAGUCUCAGAUUGUGUUGGUGGUGUGGAGAAGUUUACCUGAGGUCCGGUCAGCAUGUGACGCUAUGCUCCGCCCACACACACACAGCGCGACGACAGGCAGGAAGUUGCUGUCUAACCCCACCCAAAGCAAACAAGACCGCAAAUGGGGUCAGGGGUCAGGGGUCCGGGCCAGUUUGGGAGCUCUAGGUUCUCUAUGGAGGGAUAGAAAGGAGGACAGGGAGGAAGAGGAAGAGGAGGAAGACCAGGAGAUGUACACACCUCACACCACCACCCUGAAGGGCACACGUGUGACAUCAUCAAAUGGAGACAAUUACAUCAUCCUGUCACCUGUCAGCACAGAAGGGCAGCUGCUGCAACCAGUUUAUCACGACAGGACUGGGUCGAUCGGACAUCUGUACCAGACUCGCCCCAGAGGUCCGAACGUCCUCCACGACUCGUGUUUGGGGUCGUUACAGAGACCUUUUACCAGGCAAAUCUCCACCCUGCCUCCACCUCUUUCCUCCACAUCUUCGGCCCCGCCCAGAAACUAUGGCAACUACCAGAAUUGCACCAUCGUUCAGUCACAUGUGCCCUGCUCAGGAUAUGGAACCUACGUCACCAUGGCGCCCAAAACCGUCAUCUUCCCUAUUUUCGUCCAGGAAACAAUCAAAGGCUUUAAGAGCAUUCUAGGAGGUGAAUAUGAUGCCUUGCCAGAACAGGCUUUCUACAUGGUGGGCCCCAUUGAAGAAGUAGUCCAAAAGGCUGAGAAACUGGCCGAGGAACAUGCCCAAACAGAGCGCCUGAUGAGCCCAGCUGUGACCGUGUUGAUCUACACUGACCUGCUGCUACUUACCAGAGAGGAUGAAGCUGGACGCUGUAACGUCCUGCAGAGUCCGGUGUUCCUGAACACAUUGAAGCUCAGAGAGGCUCUGUCGGAGCCGCUCCACCUGUACUUCCUGCAGAGCGCUCCGAGCCGCCGCCGCCUCUUCAGCCUGGAGGCGUUCAGCAUCGAGCAGAAGGUCCGAGUCAGCCUGUGUCUCCACGAUAACAUCCAGCUGCAGCUCGUCACCACGGAGGCCACACACACCCAGCAGCUGUCAGACCUCCCCUCAGACUUUGGCUUCCUCUCUCUCGGGCAGUCUGACCCCCUCUAUUGUCCUUCAUCUCCUUACUCUUCGCUCUGUGACUCCCUUAGACCUCCCUCCCCAUCUUCUUACUCCCCCAGUGCUCCCUUCUCCUCCUCCACUCUUCCUCCUGCUCCCGUCUCCCUUCUCUCUCCCUACUCCUCCUCACCACCUUCCAGGAACAUCAUCUCCUCAGCUCAGCUCCUCCCUUCACCUCACCGUCCCUCCUCCACUCUAAGGAGUCCUAUCUGGAUGGAGAGAGCAGGAGCAGAAGAGGAAGAGGAGAGGAGGAAGAGGAGACGGGAGGAAGAGGAGGUGGUGGAGCGGCAACAGGGGGAGGGGGAGAGUGCCUCAGAGACUUCAGAGAACGCGGGUGGUGUCGGGGGGCGGGGCUUCCUGCUCAGCCCUCACCACUUUAACAUGAACCAGGAGAGUGACCGUGACGAGGAGGAAGAGAAAUUUAUCUUCAGACCACCAGUCCUACGUCGCUCGCUCUCCGAGGGUUCUCUGCUGCGAGAACCUCAAUCGCCCCACUUCCUGUCCGACAGCACCAUCCACCGCCUCACCCGUCCUGUGAACUUUGACCUCAGCCCCAACUCGAGCCCCGCCUCCCGAGCCCCCUCCCCCCACACUCUGAGGAAGCAGCUGACCGGAGAGGGGGGGUCUCUGCACCAAAUGCUGAUGCUGCUCAACGGGACCAAGGCUGGAGAACCCAGAAACCGACAGCUGAAGAAGAAAACUCUAGCAGCUGAUGUUCGGAACCGCCUGGCGUUUCUGCGAAUGUGGAAAAAUGGCGCUGGUGUCCAUGGAAGCAGUUUGGAGAAAGCGCUGAAAAAUAACAGACCGUCUGCAAAGGAGGUGCUGAGGUGGGUGGAGAGUCUGGAGUCCCUGCUGUCCAAUCAGUAUGGUCUGACGGUGUUCCGUCACUUCCUGAGGUCAGAGUUCAGUGAAGAGAACCUGGACUUCUGGUUGGCUGUGGAGAGGUUUAAAAAGACACGUCCCUCCAACAAGAUGGCUGCCAGAGCUGCAAAAAUCUACGACCACUUUAUUUCUACGACUGCAUCGAGACAGGUCAAUGUGGACUCUGCCAUCAGAGAGGCAACCAAUCAGAGCCUGCGCCUUGGCGUUAGCUCCGCCUCCUUCCAACUGGCGCAGGAGCAGAUUUUCAACCUGAUGGAGACGGACAGUUACCCACGAUUCCUCAAGUCCCGCCUCUACACCCAGCUGGCCAGUCACAACACAGAGCAGCGGAUCCGACCAACCAGAGACGAGGGGUUGAUCUGAGCUUCUGACUGGCUGAACAAAUCUCUCAGUAGCAUUCUGGGAGAUGUAGUAUUGAGUGUUUUGGGACAUUUACCCUUUUCAUGUUAAACAACUUGAUUCUUACGCUAAUCUUCUUUUUUUGCUGAUCUUUGUUUAUCUAAAAACAUUUAACCCGUCCGUGUGAGAAAAACAUGGCCUCUGACCUUGAGCUUGAAAUGAGAUGCCAUCUUUAGACUGUUAGGUGUUAUCCUUUAUGCCUUCUCGUGACCCAGGUGAAGCCUUGCUCACAGGUUAAACAUCGGCAGGACUUUCAGCCUCGGCUGCAUGUCGUUGAUUCCAGAGCAGACUCUGAUUCAUGUUUUUAGCUAACGGCUAACUCAUGUAUCUCUGAUUAAAGCUGACUGAUGUCACAUCAGGUGUCAGACCUCCUGUUUCCUCUUCUGUGACUCCCCUCCAUCCAGCAGGAAGUCUGACACCGGCAGGCUGCACAGGUGAAGCAGGUUGAGUGACGGAUUCACCUGCUGCUGUUUGAUUAUCACACUGAACAGUUUUAACUGAUUCAACAAUAACCUGAAAAUCUAAUAAAACAGACCAAAUGAC